AGCACUUGUGUAUCACCCAUGAUGAUGGCGAUGGAUUUUGUGUGUUGAAAGUUUUGUCUUGGGUUUUAUUAUACAUCAUAACUCGUUAUAAAAUCUUUUGGAAGUGGGUGUGGAACUAUUUUCAAGUUUUGUGUACUGAAUCAAGUCAUGGCGUCACACGAUAAUAAUGCGAAAGGACGUUUGCAGACUUACAAGAAUCAGGGCAAAGACGUGGAGGAGAUGAGAAGAAGAAGGAAUGAAGUUACAGUAGAACUGAGGAAAAACAAGAGGGAGGAAACUCUUCUCAAGAAACGAAAUGUGCCUAACACUGACUCUACAGAUGAGGAUGAAGCAGAAAGAGGCCUUUCGUUAGCGGGCUUAGAACAGAUUGUUGCUAAUGCAUCAAGUCCUGAUCCUGAUAUCCAAUUAGCAGCCGUGCAAGCUGCUCGAAAGCUUCUGUCUUCGGAUCGUAAUCCACCCAUUGAUGCGCUCAUUCAAAGCGGAGUUCUACCAGUAUUUGUUAAAUGCUUAGAACGCCAAGACAAUGCCGCUCUCCAGUUUGAAGCAGCUUGGGCUUUAACCAAUAUUGCUUCUGGAACAUCUGCCCAGACUCAAGCGGUUGUGGAGGCGAACGCAGUUCCCCUGUUUCUGAUGCUUCUCCACUCACCUCAUCCAAAUGUGUGCGAACAGGCCGUUUGGGCACUGGGAAACAUAAUAGGCGACGGCCCACAUUUGCGAGACUAUGUUAUAAGUCUGGGUGUCGUACCAAUCUUACUGGGUUUCGUGACAGACACAAUACCCAUUAGCUUCCUUCGUAAUGUGGCAUGGGUUAUCGUGAACCUCUGUCGCAAUAAAGAUCCCCCUCCUCAUGUUGACACUAUUCGUGAACUGCUGCCGGCUCUUAAUACCCUGAUCCAUCAUACCGACACCAAUAUUUUGGUCGACACAGUUUGGGCACUUAGUUACUUGACCGACGGAGGGAACGAGCAAAUUCAGAUGGUUAUUGAUAAUGGUGUGGUGCCAAGCUUGGUGCCUCUUCUUUCUCAUAAAGAUGUCAAGGUUCAAACAGCUGCAUUGAGAGCUGUGGGCAACAUAGUCACAGGUACCGAUGCACAAACUCAAUGUGUCCUGAAUUGCGACGCGCUGGCUCAUUUUCAGACUCUAUUGAAUCACCAUAAAGAGAAAAUUAACAAGGAAGCUUUGUGGUUCCUUUCGAACGUAACAGCAGGAAAUCAACAACAAGUUCAAGCUGUUAUUGAUGCUGGGCUAGUUCCACUGAUAGUCCAACAUUUGUCAAGGGGAGAAUUUCAAACACAAAAGGAAGCUGCAUGGGCUGUAACUAAUCUGACGAUCAGUGGACGAAAACAGCAAGUGGCUUAUCUAGUUCAGUGUGGUGUUAUUUCUCCUUUCUGUCAUCUCUUAUCAUGUAAAGAUCCCCAGGUUAUUCAAGUUGUUUUGGACGGCAUUUCGAACGUUCUGCGCAUGGCUGCACCGGGUCAGGAAAGAGAUUCCGUUGCGACUUUGAUAGAAGAGUGCGGAGGGCUAGAUAAGAUCGAGACUUUGCAAAAUCACGAAAACGUUGACAUUUAUAAACUUGCUUAUGAUAUCAUUGAGCAGUACUUCUCCGAAGAGGUGGCGGAGGAUCCGAAUCUUGUUCCAGAAGCUAGUGAGGACGGGUUUCAAUUUGAUGCUAAUCCCGGUGUCCCUAAAGAAGGAUUCCAAUUCUAAAUCAAUGGUAGUGGAGUAUCUAAACAAGAAUGGAGUAAAAUUUCGGAAAACGAUCGAAGGAAUUAUGGGAGAACUGUUCUUUUGCCAAUUUAGAAUGGACACCUGUUGUGUUUUCCUCAAUAAUCUUAUUUUUGGUUCUAUUCUUUCCAAGUCACUUAACUUCAACAGCUUCCCCAACAGUUAACUAGUUCUCUUAGAUUCAAUCAUGCCAAGUGACAAUUUUUUUUUUUUUUUCAAUCAAUCCUGGUUUAUACCGCAUCUUGCGCCUCUUUCGGACAACUCCUCUGUCUGCAUUACUGCAAUACACUAAGUUGUUGCUGUACAGAA